GACUCCGAGCCUCUCACCAACGGCCACCACAAGUCUCUUUUUGUAGAAGAGUCCGAGCAGCUUACAAAUCUCACAAUCGUCCCGUGCGACAAGCCUGCAAGUCUUGCAGAGCUCGUCCAAGAGGACGCGAUUGAGAUUUCCGGCACGGAAAUACCCUUUGUCGAUGUUGCCACAAUCGUUGUGGAAGCUUCUAAAGCCUCUUUAGAUUUUUGUUACAACUUCCAUAAACGGCGUCGGGAGCACUACUACUGCAGAGCCUUCCUGUCAGGACGAGACGCCCAUUUCCAAUUCAAGUACCGGAAUAAACCCAACUGCUGAUAUGUUGGAAGAGGUUGUUGUCCCCCCUGCUGUUGAAGCAGAGGAAAUAUCUACCAUGGCCGCAGAACCUGAACCAGCUAUCGUAACAGAUGCAUGUGACCUGAUUGAUGCGGAAGAAAGCAUAACGCAAGUGGAGGCUCCGUCCGUCCGAGAAGAACCUGCGGUCACCGAGACCGUGGUUAUAGCGUCCAUCGAUUCGGUAGCAGAGGCCGCUCCUGAAGCCGAGUCAGACAUCACGCCAGUGACGCUCCAAGCUGCACCAAUUCAACCAAUAUUGCGCGAGGUCGUCGUAGAGGAGGGUUCGGCCUGUGAGCCUGGCUCGGAGCCCGCGGCAAUUUUGGAGCCCACCCCAAAAGCUACCGAAAUGGAACCGGUUGAAGAUACUGCAGCAACUGCGGAGCCCGUCACAGAAGUUGGCGAAUCGGAUCUGACUGAAGAAACUGUGCCGGCGUCGGAAGCAGUAGUCACUAUUGUGCCAGCCGAGAUAUCAGCGGAAAAGGAGGGUGAUAACGAGUCGCCACAUGGUGCUGUUGAUGCUGAGGACGAGCCAGCUGCUCCCACCGAACCGGAAGUGGAAGUGUUUGUUCCCGAGGUCAUUUCGGCUCCAGCUGAGGCUGCGACAGGGCCAGAUGUCCCGUCAACUGAAUCAGAGGAAGCUGCCAUCGCCCCAACUACGGUGUCCGAGGUUCCUGUCGAAUUUGUUGUUGCUGCAGAGGCAGAGUCUGUUGAUACACACGACUCCAUUACUGUUGACUCAGAACCAGUCACAAUCCCUGGCCCCGAGCCCAUUGCUACCGCUGAGACGGAUCCUGUAGCAGCAGCAGGACGUGAACCUGCCGCUGUCGAGUCGGAAGCGCCUGCAGCAGUUGGUGCGGAGCUCACAGAACCUGCAGUCGAGUCUAUUGUAGUGGAGACUGUUCAGAUUGAUGUCGAGCCACCCAGCUCCAACGUGUCAUUCGUCGAGGAUCCUGAGGUGGACUUCACGUAUACUGACGACACGCAGACGAUACUAGCUGAGGAGAUUCCCGUGUUUGAGGAGCCAAUUUCGAACGUCACUGAUGUUGAGUCCGAGGUGCAGGUAGAAGAGUCCUCUGUUGAGGAGACUGUGGAGGUCAUUCCAAACGACAUUGUUACUCCUAUAGGAGAGCCUGCACCAGUCGAGGAAAUUCCAGCGGAGGAAGUUGCAGCGGCUGAAGAGGUUGUAACAGUCGAGGAAAUCCCGGUCGAAGAGCCUGCAGCGGUUGAAGAGACUGUACUGGUUGAGGACACCACCGCGGUUGAAGAAACUGUACCUGCUGAAGAGGUCGUCCCAGUCGACAUUGCUACAGGAGAGCCCGCAGUGAUUGAAGAGACUGUACUGAUUGAGGACACCAUUGCAGUUCAAGAAACUAUACCUGCUGAGGGGGUCGUCUCAGUCGACGUUGCUACAGGAGAGCAUGCAGCGGUUGAAGAGACUGCACUGAUUGAGGAAACUACCGCAGUUGAAGAAGCUAUACCUGCUGAAGAGGUCGCCCUAGUCGAUGUUGCUACUGGAGAGCCUGCACCAGUCGGGGAGGUUCCCCCGGUCGAAGCUGCAGCAGUCGAAGAACAUGCACCAAUCGAAGAGAUCACUUUAGUUGAGGAUGUCACUCCUAUUGAAUCAGCUGCUCUAAUCGAAUCAUCCCCGCCGGUCGAAGAGCCUGUUGUUGACGAAGCUGAGCCUACCGUCGAAGAGCUCGCCGCUCCUAUUGACGAUGAUCCACUGUUGGAAGAGACCAUGCCUUCUGUCUAUGCAGCCGACGUCGAAGCGCCUCUUCCCACCGUUGAGGUUUCCUUGCUUGAAGAACCUGCCGCAUCCUUUGAGGAGCCUCUUGUUGCACCCGAAGAAGCAUUCGCUAAAACACCCGCUCCAGCAGUUGAAGAGACUUCGCUCGCAGGAGAUGCUUCAACUGUUGAAGAAACAUCUGCUCCCCUUGUCGAAGAAGAUGUCCCUGCUGUCGAGGAGCAUUCUGCGCUCGCAGCAGUGGAUGUGCCUGAAUCAGGAAUAGUAGAAGAGCAUACGUCUGUCGCGGUCGAGGACAUUUCGGGGCGCAAACACGAGCCUGUGGCAAUCGAGGAAACUCCCGCAGAUGCGGUGGAACCUGUCUCUGUUGAUGAUAGAAUUCCUCCCACUAUAAACGAGACACCCCUCCCUGCAGAAGUGCCCUCGGAUACUGACGGGCCUGCUCUUGAGGUAACUUCAGCCACAGAAGAAACUUUCGUCCCGGAAGAAGAGUCCGUCACUAUCAUUGUGUCAGACGAAACGAUCUCUGAAGUGGCAGUUGUCGCAUCGAUCGAAGAGGACGUCCUUGCAGUCCAGGAACCUCUCGAGUCUCUGGACGUCGAUGUGCCCGAACCAGUUGUGCAUGAGGAAGCCGCAGCGCCAACGAGAGACCAUGAGUUAGUUGCAGUCGAGGAUACGCCGGUGUCCGAUGAUCAGCAUGUCACCGUCGAGGAAACCCCCGCAAGCGAAGGGGGAUCUGUCUUUGUCAACGAUCAAUUCCCUCCCACGAACGAGAUCCCACCUAUUGCAGAAGUGUCCUCGGCUGCUGACGAGCCAACACUUGAUGACAGUCCAUCCACCGAAGAACCUUCCACGCCUGAAGACCAGCCUACCACCGCCUCUACUAUGGAGGUACCGCCAACAGCAGGAGAAGUCGCUGUUGCGCCCGAAGAAAUUACCUCGAAAGUGGAGGAGUCCAUUCCAGCUUUUGAAGCAGCUCCCACCACUCCCGCGGACCCAAUGCUCGACGAUUCCUCAUCUCCUGAGGGAAUUGCAAUCAUCGCCGAGGAGUCAACUGUCGGGUCUGACGCUUCCGUAACUGAAUUACCCGUGGCUGUUGAUGAACCCGCUCCCGCUGUAAGUGAAGCAUUGGUCGUCGUCGAAGUUGUUCUCGAAGAGGUCCACGCUACCCCGGAGCGCACCGAAGACGCCUCAUGUAGUGAAGAGACUAAGGACGAACUUGAGAAUUCGCCACAUGCAGGGGCACCUGUGUGUUUGCCUGGGCAACCCUCCGUAGAGGAGUCUCUCCCUACAGCUCCUAUCCUUGACGAGUUCACGCCAGAACCUGCAGAGGAGCCUGAGAUCUUAGAGGAGCUGCAUGCGGUCACCUCCCAAGUUCUUGUUAAUGGGGGGCAUUUUGAAGUCGAUAAUGACUCGGAGCCUUCGAUUGCACAUGUAGAGACUUCUAGCGAGAUUGAAGAGACCGAAGCAGUCGAGCAACCCGAAACUAUCGCAGUCAAAGAGGUCACUGAACAGCAAGAGAUUGUGACAUCCUCAGCUCUCAACGUUGCUAGCGACAUUGAACGUCCCAAGUCACCAUGGAGCCCUUCUUACAGUGUCAUGACUCAAGGACCGGGCGUUGCCGUCGAGGAGUGUGUGGACGCCUAUGAAGGCGAUGAUGACGUUGCCCCUGCCCAGUCACAAACACCCGAGAUCAUUAUUGAUGAAGUAGCCGCAGUUGUUCCAGAGAUUGCAGCUGAUAUGGAAGCGCCUGGGCAAUCCCAAAUUGAGGUUUUACAUUUGGCAGAGGAACAGGUUGCGCUCGGCGAACCGGAAGAGCCUCAACCCAAAUCACCUUGGACGCCUUCUUACUCGGUGACUGUACAAGGCAACAUGGCUCACACUAAUGAGGGACUUGAUGACUUGGAGCAACUUCCCCCAAGUGCUACCCAGUUUGUUGCAGCAGAGGCAUUUGAAGAGCAACCUGUUCCUUUUACAGAAGCACUCAUUGCUGUCGAAGUAAUCAGUUCUACCACAGUCGUUGCAGACAUACAUGCUACGCUUUCGGCAACGCUAGAUGAGUCGGAUAUUCCUCAGGAUAUCGCUUCGGAGCAAGGUGUCAUCGCUCAAGCAGAACCAUCGGUACAGACUCCACCCGAGCCACCUACUGUGGAGGAAGUGCUUGAGGAAGAAAUUGAGCAGGGAUCGUUCAUCGUCGACGACGAGAGUACGCAAUUGGGUACUACCGACCCUGAAGGAGAGCAUAGUAGUUCUCCCUGGACGCCGUCCUACUCAGUUAUUGGGCUUGAACCAGCAUCUGCACUUGAGGAUCAAGCGGUUGCUAAGGAUGACGAGUUUGUUGACCAUGGUUCAUUUAUCAUUGAGACCCAACUACCCGUCGGUGUAGAGGAUGUUCCUGAGGUCAAAUCAGACUCAGGGCUUCUGACACCCGUCGAUGACCCUGUUGGAGAAAGACCAAAGUCGCCGUGGACCCCUUCGUAUUCUGUCACCAAGCAGGGGCCAAAUGAUGCUGUUGAAGAAGUGGAGAAACUUAACGAAGUAGAAUAUCUAACUGGUCCACUCUCUAGCAUUCCUGCACUUGCGACUGACGAAGAGCCCAUCCCGCCUGUCCUCAUCACCGAGACACGAGCGUCUGUAGAUGAGCCUGUCGUGGCAGAGACUCCCUCGCGCUCAGAGGGUGACAUGACUGUUUCAGAGCUCUCCGAGACAUAUGACGACGUUGAGGCCAGUGGAACUCCAUUCGCCCGAGAGACCCUUCAAACAUUCCCUGUUCUCGAAGAGCCACAGAAAUUCGCCAACAAGAAGUCAGUCCAUGUUUCCCCCACUUCCUUCCUUACUCCUGACUUCGUGCAUUCAGGCCAAGCUUGUCUGCCGUCGAUGAGCUUAAUGCCGCUGAGGUCACUGAAUCCAGCACCCUCCGCAUCGAUAUUCCCACCAACAACGGAGCCAACCGCAACAGACUGGAGUCCACGACCUCUUCUCGUUUCUUCCCUGGUGGAUGGUUCUCCUCUUCACCCAAGGUUCCUGAAGAGGGUCGCACAUCGCUCGACGUUGCAGCUGGAGAAUUCGUCCAUAAGUCCUCAGUCGAAAAUACCCCAACCACUGCUCCAACCAGUGCCCUUCCCUCCGCUGUCGAAGAAGACAAGGAAAAGAAGUCUCGUUGGUGCACAAUCAUGUGAAAGGCAGAGUCCGCCACCUUAUGCAUCUGAAUUCUUGAAACUUAUCAUCGUUUUUAUCACUUUCGUUCUCGUUCUCUACUUUACCUUCUACUAUGCAUGAUUCUUAACGACAGGCGACGACUGCAUAUUCAUAUUUACUUUCAAGCGGAUUUUGAUAUUGAUCUCUUGUAUUUCGGCUAAUCCUCACCCUUAAUGCGUUGUUUGCACUUGAAACCUCUUGGAUUGGCGAAUGUCACCUAAACGUAACCGACCUUA